AUGUCAGGAUUGGUGAAAAAGUGCUGCAAUUGUCGCGUUGACCUUCCAGAAUCCAGCAGGUAUUUAUUAGGCUUUCAUAUAACUUUAAGAAACAAAUUUUUAAGCGCACCGCAAUGUGCAAAGUGUCAAAAAAACGAGCAGAAAUACGGGAAGGUACGAUUUGAAUCAUUAUUUUCAGUUGAAAAUUUUCGAAACUUCUUUCAGCCGACGACAUGCAAGUUCUGCCAACUGAAUGCCGCGUUUCACGAACAGAAGUGUGUCUACUGUUCACAUUCGGAACGGAAGUUCGGCCCUCCUGUGUCAUGUGCAAACUGCAAACUAAACAGCGCCUUCCAGAAGCAUCCCAGAGCUGUUCGUUUUUUAUUUUCGUUCAUCUUUUCAGUUUCUUUCUUAGUUUAUACAUCUAAUUAAAAUUUAACUGAAGCGAAAAUCUUAAAAAAUCCAAGGAGAGUCGAAAAUUUUCUGUGGCUUAGUAACCGUCUUUUCAAAUUAUUCAAAUUCUGCAAACUUCUUUCCCAAUGCUAUAAAAUAAAACUUUUACCCAAACUUUCUUGAAAAAUUUCUAAAUCUUCAAAGAAAUAGAGCUCUAUGAGAUGAUUUCUGGGGUUUUUUAAGAGGUUAAAUUGUUUCAUUGAUGUAUGCUUCAUGUUAGAUUCGAUUUAAAUCUCACCAAAAUAUUGAAAAUUCAAGGAAAACUUGGACAGUUUAUUACUUUGAGCUUUCUUUUAUACAGAAGUUUCUGAAUAUUUGUUUUUUUUUUCCACUUUAUUCAAAGCAGGUUGGGAAAAAUAUGUACUGGAGGUCUUGAAAUAGUUCAUGAAAUGUGAAAAUAAGCUGUUUAGACUUCUGUCUUUUUCCUUCCAAGCAAGUGGUUAACUGAGUAUAUAUCUUAACUUUAAGAAAGUCCGAAAAUUAGGAAGGGAAGUAAAUGGGGAAAAUCAAGGGGAAAAAAUGAAUCAUUUCUUGUUUCUCGAGCAAAGUUUUAUCCAAAGUGGGUCGCUUCACUUUUUUUGAUCAUUAUUUUUAUCAAAAAAAGAAUGCUUAAUCUAUAUGUUAUUUAUACAUUUUCAUCGUUUGAAAAAGUUAAUGCCUCUAUGACUUUUUAUUUCAAAGUAAAACCUUGACUCAAAAAAAACCUUAGUUCUGGAAAAAUUUUUUUCCCAUCUUCAUUUUACUUAACAAGGGAGGCCUUGUUGAUUUGCGGACUCUCUUCAAAAUUUGCCAGAACGCUCCUUGGUGUCACAGAGAAAGAUUCGGAAAGUCUCAACCUGCACAAGUGUCUAGUUUUCGAGAAAUAAGGGCUCAAAGCCCAAAAACGGCGCAUUUUAAAGGAUUUUGGGGGUGUUCUUUCUCGAAAACUAGGAAGUUAUGCAGGUUGAGGCAUCCAGAAUCUUUUUUUGGUUUAGACGAUUCACGGCUAGCUUGGGACGUAAAAAGGCGUAGUCUGUCUGCACUCUCCACCAACCAGGCACUGUCUCUUCUCUUUUCGUGUCAGGACCCUUUUCAAGAUGGUUAAAGCCAACCGUGAAUCAGCUAUACACCAAGGAGUAUUCUGCCCAAUUUUCAAGGAAAUCUGAAAAAUAAAAUGACCUUCCUCGUAAAGUUCGAAUUUAUCCAUUUUUCAGGCAGGACCCACUUUAUGUCGCAUGUGCAUCAUGCAGGCCCGGUCGAUGAAGCAGUCAACACUCGCUGGAGUUACAGUACCGCCUCUCGAAAAGCACUCAAGCAGCACGAAAACGUCGGGAAAGAGGAAACGGCAUGAAAAAUCGGUAGGUGUAUCCUCACCGGAAAGUUUUUGAUGAGAGAAAUCGAGCAGUCCGACGAAUCCGCAGCGAAGAUGGGCCGUGCGGAGAACGCCCUCGCGCAGACCGAUCUGAUGCAUUUGCAACAACUCCGGGACAAGAUCGCACGUCUCUCUUCGACUAUAAAAGAAAAAGAAGAAAUGAUCCUACAAAGAGAUAAAACUGUAAGUUGUUCUUUUUUAGGAUGACAAAGGUUCUUUUUUGCUGCCUUUUUGCGCCAUUUCUUCUUCGGCUUCUAUGAACCAUGUUUGCUGCCUCUCUCCUUUUCCACCAUCCCUUGAGCCUUUUAAAUCUCAAAAAAUUUGAAGGCUCGAUAAAGGGACUCUUUUUGCUGCCUUUCUGCGACCUUUUUUGAACCCUUUCAGCGGCCAUUAUCCACCGUUCCAACUUUGCCCGAGUAGGCAAAAAUAUGGAUGAAAAAGGGUGGAAAAAGGCUCCAUAGAAAUUUUCAUUUAGGGAGACAAAGGCACCUUUUUCGCGGCCUUUUUUCUGCUUUUCUGCAACCCUUUUUGAGUCUCUCCCUUUUAGCGGCCCUUAUCCACCAUUCUGACUUUGCCCGAGAUUGAAAAAUGAUAAUUUUUCAUUUUUUAAGAUCGCAUCGAUGAAAGCUGCCGCAAGUAGCAUGGAACGCAAACAUCGGGAAAAAGUUGAGCAGCUACAAAAAGAAAAAGAAGAAGCUAUAACGACCGUCAUCGAGAAACAUCGCACGUCUAAGGUGAGCUCAUCUCUUCAGACAUUCAGAGCUUUAAAUUAUUUUCCAGAGCAAAAAAACCUAA